UCACAUGAAGUGCAAAUACAAUUUUGGACAAAAAAUAUUGAUCCAACUGCUGAUAAUGAAACACUGAAAAAUUUGUGUGAAAUGGGAUUGUUAAAUCAUAACAAUAACGAUAACAGUUCAGAAAGCAA